AUGGACAAAGGCGUAGAUGGACUGAUGGAGAAUGUGUAUGGGAGAUUCCUCGCCAAGCCUAGGGCAGAUUUCAAAGUUGGCUAUAAGGAGUUGAUGAAAACUGGAGUCACGGAAGGGACCCAACUCCCAGGCGAUGAGUAUCCUGCAAAGGAGCGCUAUCCUACUUCUGUCGUCAAUUGGCUUGAGACUAUGACCUCUGUAGGAUCAUUUGAUAUGUUGUUGAGCAAGACUAUUUUGCACUACUAUUGCUUUGCAGAAGGACUGCCAGGCACAAAAUGGUGUUGUCUCAAACAUGGUUCUGAGAGGAUAACCGAUAAACUGUACGAGAUCUUGACGACCAUCCAGCCUUUCAAGAAAAAUGUCAGGUUCCAGUUUGGUAGGAGGGUUAACCAUGUGAAUUAUCAUCAGUGUUCCAGCAAUUUAUAUCGCCCAGACCAGCCUCCUCAUCACCCAGAUCAUCUGAAAGAUGCUUCUUUUCAUCCUUGUCAAGAUCCUGGUGUGAUGUCUGUUACUUCCAAUGGUGCUAGUGACAUCAAUCACCCCAUGUAUUCACAGGUUGUCUUGACUGUAUCUCCUCAGUGUAUGAGAUACAUGGAUCUUUCGAAGCGCAGCUCCCUGUGUAUGCUUACUCCUGGCCCUUCAAUCAAGGUUGGCAUAAAAUUCGAACAAAAUUGGUGGGCUGACCAGAAUAUCACUGGGGGACAGAGCGUGACUGACUGA